AUGACCGACGUCGACGCCACGACGCCCACCCUCAAUGAGGACACCGUCAUAGACAAUGCAGAGGAGGAUGACCCGGAAAUCUUGCUCAUGAAGCAGCGCGUGGAGGAGAUGGAGCGCGAGGCGACAAAGCUGAGGGAACUGCAGGCCGCGGCGGAGAAGGCGGAACGGAGUACGCCCACGGGGGACCAGCCGAUGGAAACUGAGGAGGAGAAGGCGGCUACGGACAGUCGGAGCAUAUACGUUGGGAACGUGGACUACUCUGCUACGCCAGAAGAGAUCCAGCAGCACUUCCAAGCGUGCGGCACCAUCAACCGGGUGACCAUUCUCUGCGACAAGUUCACCGGGCAUCCGAAGGGCUACGCAUACGUCGAGUUUUCUGAGACAGAACAUGUGGAUGCCGCCCUCUCCAUGGACAACUCCCUCUUCCGCGGGCGUCUCAUUAAGGUCACCGCAAAGCGGACGAACAUCCCCGGGUUCAACGCCCGCGGGCGGGGACGGGGCGGCUACCGAGGGGGCUACCGGGGCGGCUUCCGGGGAGGAGGCGGGGGCUACCAGCCGUACCGUGCGCGCGGCAGGUGA